AUCUGCGUUCAUGAAAUGUGGAUAAUCAACGCUCAUAAACGUCCAAGCUAUCCGUUCAAAAGGUCAUUUCGACGGUCGCACAUACAGAGUCUCCCAAUUCUAAAGCUGGAAAAUAAUCCAAUCUUUCGGAAUACGCCUACUACUGUUUGCUUCGAUCUCAAGCCUUUGUUCAAAUGGCUGAAGCAAAAUCAGCUAUGAGGAAACCAGUAUUCACUAAGGUUGAUCAGCUGCGACCUGGCACAAGUGGACAUAACCUAACUGUGAAGGUUGUUAGUUCGAAGAUGGUUGUACAGAAGGGCCGUGCAGAUCGUCCUCAAGUACGCCAAAUGCGGAUUGCUGAGUGCGUGGUUGGUGAUGAAACAGGCACAAUUGUAUUUACUGCAAGGAAUGACCAAGUCGACAUGAUGAAGUCUGAUGCUACUGUAAUUCUGCGCAAUGCAAAAAUAGACAUGUUUAAGGGCUCAAUGCGGCUUGCUGUGGACAAGUGGGGUCGUGUUGAAGUGACUGAGCCUGCGAGCUUCACUGUUGGAGAAGAAAAUAACCUAUCCUUGGUUGAAUACGAACUAGUGAACGUGGUGGAAGAGUAACGCGAGGGCGGAGAUGUGGCCACUCCGCGGACUCUGUGGCCAACCAAACAACUGAAUUCAGGCAAUAUGUGGAUUUUGUGGGUUAAGAGAUUGACAAUGUGAUCUUUUAAGUUGUUUCUAUAUAUCAAGCUGCUGCACCCAUGGUGCUUGGCAAAAGUAGUAGUUUUAAGAAGGAAGCAAGUCGCGGGACUUGUGUCUAAGCAGAGAACCUCCGCGGUGGUGAUGGUGGUAGGUUAGCCGGGCGGCGACACCAUCGGAACUGGGAACUCUACCACCGCCAUAAGAUGAUGGGUGGGACGAAGGAACUUAAACUGUUAAUGUUAUGGAUAUAAGUUGUAUGAAUAA